AUGGCAACCACCAGCCUAGCCAUGUUCGAUGCUGAUGAAGUGCAGCAUGACGCCGUGUUGGAUUACUAUGGCAGGCGGCUCGCGACAUGCUCUUCAGACAAGACCAUCAAGAUCUUCGAAGUCGAGGGCGAGAAGCACACACUAGUUGAGACACUCAGAGGACACGAAGGUGCUGUCUGGAGCGUAGCGUGGGCACACCCAAAGUACGGCAACAUCCUCGCCUCCUCGUCCUACGAUGGCAAAGUCCUCAUCUGGCGCGAACAGUCCGGCAGCUGGCAAAAGAUAUACGAAGUCGCUCUACACACCGCCUCGGUCAACCUAGUCGCAUGGGCACCUCACGAAGCAGGCUGCCUCCUUGCCUGCGCAUCAACGGAUAGCAACGUCUCGGUACUCGAAUUCAAGGAUAACAACUGGACACAUCAGAUCUUCCCGGCUCAUGGUACAGGAGUUAACAGUGUCUCGUGGGCACCUGCAUUCGCGCCGGGACAGGUCAUGAGCGCAAGCGGAAACCAGGCUGGUGCUGCAAAACGACUAGUCACUGGAGGUAGCGACUGCCAGGUCAAGGUCUGGGAUUUCAGCCCCGAGAGCGGCAGCUGGAACGCAACACUGCUUGGUAUCCAUGGCGAUUGGGUACGCGACGUCGCAUGGUCUCCUACUGUCCUCGCCAAGUCAUACAUCGCCUCCGCUUCCCAGGACAAGACUGUCUCCAUUUGGACAUCCUCCGAUCUACGCGAGUGGAAACGCACUCAGAUUGACGUCGACGCCGCCGCGUGGCGCGUGAGCUGGAGUUUGAGCGGCAAUGCCCUGGCGAUCAGCACUGGUGACAACAGGGUUAGCCUAUGGAAGGAGAGACUGAGCGGCGGAUGGGAAUGCGUCAAGACGAUUGAGGAGUAG